AUGGAUUUGGAACUGACAUGUUUGAAUGUAUCUUCUUCAUUGCCAACAAUACCGACAAUCAACAAUGUGACUAAUAUUAAUAGUCAUUCUUAUUACAAUCCGAAUGGAAAAGCAAUUUUUCAAUUGAUUUCAUCUUCUUUAGCUCGCUUGACUUUUUCUAUAGCUGAUGUUCGAUCAUUUUUGAAACUAGUCACAUCUGACGAUAUCAUAUCGUGGGAUGCUUCGACCAUUGUCAAAUUAAAACCGGUGACAUCGACUAUUAUCUAUACGAGUGUAGCUUUGGCUCUAUUCAUUUUACUUUCAGUGAUAUUUUUUAUUAUUUCAUGUAGCAAUUGUAGUAAGAGAGAAUACAAUAAAAGAACUGAAAGAAAGAAGAGUCGAACAUGUUCGGGACAAUGUUUCUGUAUUGUAUUAAUAUUGCUAAUCGGUUUAAUUGUUAUUGGUCAAAUGAUUUUUCUUACCUAUCAAGUUAGCAGAGCAAAACUUUUUCUCGAUGAUUCAAUUAAAGAAGUCAAUCAAGAAAUUUAUCCAAAAGAAGUUUCGAUUUAUUUAGAACAUCUUCUCUACCAAUUAGAAAUACUUGAUCAAUAUUCGACACGAGCUGAUUCUAUUGUGAUCAAGGCAUCACAAUCAAUAUUCGUCAAAGCGUUUGAUCAAAUACUCCGAGAAAAAUAUUUUUUUAGCGAAAUUCGUCAAUCGGUGAAUUAUGCCGAUGUACAUAUCACCGAAUUGGAAGAACUCAUUAAUGAAGAAUUAAAUUUAUUACCAGAAGCAAUAAUUCUUUUUCAAGAUAUCAAAAAUGAUAAUCGAGAGAUGAUCAAUUAUUUAAAAAUGCCACUACAAGAACCAUGUAAUUAUGCAAAUGGAAAUGACACAGAAACUCUCGAUAUAGUUAUCGGAGCACUAGAUCUUGUUCAUCAGCAAAUGAGAAAAUUGAUCGAUACAAUUCGCAAUGAUUUCCUUAGUCAAAUAACACCGUGGCAAAAUUCCAUGUUAAUGAAUAAGACUUUGGAAGAUAAAGUUCAAUGGUAUGUUCGUCUUGUGGUAACAAUUCUUCUCGUGUUGAUUGUCAUUCUUGGUCUCAUUCCAAUCGUUUUCUUUAUUCUCAUUAUCAUAUGCCGGAUGUGUCAUCAAUUGCUUGGAGCAAAUUCCAAUGAUUUAGUUAUUGAUGGAUUAGAUGUACAAACUGUAUUCACAAGUAUUAUCGACGAUUGUAGAAAUCAUAUACAUUUUAGUGAAUAUUUUUUUAAAACCCAUUUGAUUCGUUUGGAGAAUCAUACUUAUCAUGCAAUGAAUAGAUUAAAUGAAAAAAUAUUUGAUAAAUUCAAUUUCGCGAUUGCUUCUAUUGACAUUCAAUCGGAUCUCAAUCAUCUUGCUGCGUUUUCUGUUGCAAUCAAUUCAAUCAAAAUUCAAAAAAAAGUACAACAGAUUGAAGAAGAUUUGAAAACAAUCGAGACACGAUUCGAAAAGAUAUCUACUAUGAUUCCAACAUUACCGCCUAUUGUAGUGAAUCAAACUGUUGAUAAUGUUAGUAUUACAAAAUUUUAUCAACAAUGA